UGUUAUUACGUCUGAGAUUUUGAAAACAAAUGAAAGUCUCCCUGUCUUCCAUCCAGCUUCUUUAUUUAACCAAUAUUUUUCACUUACUGUUUAUUGACUCCACAGCUGGUGAAGCACUUUCUACCCGAGGAUUUCUUAUUUGAGCAGUAGCCCUGGUAGUUCUGCUGUAAACCCAGUGGGUUUUAAGGUUUUUUUCAAGAAUGUUUUAAAGAGUGAGGCAGUUUAUUAAAGUUAUAGAGUACAAGAGAAUAGUGUCUGGUCGACUUUUCCAUCCAUGCGAAAUGCUUGCAUUCAACUAACAUUUCUGUAUGUUGUAGGAUUUAAGAUACUUCAUGAUUCUGGCUACACUGCAGUAUUGCCAACAGCAUCAAAGUGGAAUCAAAACAUGAUAGGUGUAUUUAAACUGAUUGGAUUCAUCCUGUUGUUCCAGCCUGAUCUGAGUAAUACUGUUCUAGUCUGUUAUUUCACAAACUGGGCGCAAUACAGAACUGGAAUUGGUCGAUAUAUGCCUGAUAACAUUGAUCCUUUUAUGUGCACCCAUCUGAUCUAUGCGUUUGCCAAGAUGAAUGCAAACCAUGAAAUCACAACCUUUGAAUGGAAUGAUGAAGUUCUUUACAAAACAUUCAAUGAUCUAAAACAAAAGAAUCUUGAAUUGAAGACUCUCAUAGCUCUUGGAGGUUGGAAAUUUGGUUCCGAACGUUACAACAGCAUGGUGUCAACUCAGACUAAUAGAGCAAUAUUCAUCAACUCUGUGAUUAGGUUUCUGAAGAAGUAUGGGUUUGAUGGUUUAGAUCUGGAUUGGGAAUAUCCAGGUUCCAAAGGAAAUCCACCAGAAAAUAAACAACUGUUCACAUCUUUGAUUAUGGAAUUGAGAGCUGCCUUUACAAAAGAGGCAAAAACAGGAAAUGACAAACUGCUGAUUACAGCUGCUGUGGCUGCUGGUAAAGACAAAAUUGAUGCUAGUUAUGAAGUAUCUAAAAUAUCUAAAUAUUUGGAUUUUAUCAGUGUCAUGACAUAUGAUUUCCAUGGUCACUGGGAAGCCAUCACUGGACACAACAGUCCUUUAUAUCAUAGCAAUGUUGAUAAGGGUGUUGCUUUGGAUUACAAUAUUGAUUCUGUUGUUAAAUACUGGAAAGAUAAAGGUGCAGACCAAAAAAAACUGCUGGUUGGAAUUCCAACAUAUGGACGAAGCUUCACAUUGAGUUCUUCAAAUUCAAAUGUUGGUGCUCCAGCAAAUGGACCUGGACCAAAAGGCAAAUACACAAAAGAGGAUGGCUUCUUCGCAAAUUAUGAGGUGAUCUGUGACUUUCUGAAAGGUGCAGAAAAACACUGGAUUGAUGAACAGAAAGUACCAUAUGCAGUAAAGGAUGGUGUUUGGCUUGGCUAUGAUGAUGAACAAAGUAUAAAUAUCAAAGUUGACUGGAUAAAGAAGAACAAAUUUGGUGGAGCUUUAGUGUGGACACUUGACUUUGAUGAUUUUUCUAAUCACUGCAAACAAGGAGCUUAUCCUACAUUGAACAUCUUGACAAAGAGCUUUGCAACAAAUUCAGGAAUUCAGAUAGGCACUUCAGCUAUGAAAGCAUUCAUGGUAAUGGUGACAAUAAUAAUGACAAUGUAAGAACUGCCGUUGAUGGGGAUUAAUGCUGAAACAAAGAAGAUUGUUUCUACACUGACCAGUGUAUCCUCCUAAAUUCUGCUUUCAUGAACACUGUCCUGAAGAACUGGUCUUUGAUGAAGAUUCUAACUGUUGUGUCCACCCUAAAAAAGCAAUAGAAUGGUAUUCCAAAAAAUCUGUUUGUUUAUGCUAAGAGCAAUUUGAUUCUUCUAUGCUAAUCAGAAUACCUUUUAAGAGAGAAAAUGUUGUAACUAACCCAAGGAAACAAGAAGACAGUCCUCUGGUAAGGAGAACAGUGUUUAUUGAAAGAUCAGACCAAAUUCAUACACUGUGUCACUAGAAGGUACAUCUCUAAAGUGCUUUUUGUUGAAUUGGUUUUCAACUGGUAGCUUGAUUACCAAAUUGAAAUAAAUAUGUUCAGUACCAUUGGACAGCACAUUUACAAAGUCCUCAAAAUUAGCAUUUUCUACCUAUGUAACAUCAAGAAAUCAGCAGAAACAAUCAGUCAAUACAUUCAGAUAUCAAUUAUUCACAACAACAAGAAUCAUAAAAUGUUUUCAUUGGAUUGCGUUCUUAAGAUGCUCACAUAAAGCAAUGUUGUUAAAAAUGAUAAAUCCUUGUUCAAAUAUUUUAAUCUAAAAUAUCCUUAUUUUAAUAAAUUGAGCUUUCAAUGUUUGAUACUUAAUACUUUGAAUUUUUGCCAACUUUUGAAUAAUUUCUCGACAGAGUCCUGAUGAAAUAAUUUUGGAUUAUCUAAAUUAUAUUUAA